CGGUGCGAGCCCGGCGGCUGGGCGGGGGCAGCGCUCGGGGCGGGGCGGGGGGAAACUUCCCCGGGACUUCAGCGGUUGGGCUGCCCGCUCCCCCCUCGCCCCCCGGCGGGGCUGCCCGCGGGCCCAGCCCCCCGGGGCUGCCCGGGCUCGGGGCUGCCCGCCGCAGGUGCACCUGGCCCGGGCGGGGGCCCCAGCGCUGCCUCCCCCCGCCCCCCCCCCGGUGCCCGCCGACCCCCUGGCUGGGGCUCGGAAGUAAAUAGCGAGUUGAGUAAAACCCCAGCAGCUUUUUAUACUCCCGGGGAGGCCCACCCUUCCCCAGCAGGACUGGGAAAGAAACCCAAAGUCGUGACUCUGACAGAACCCUGCGUGUAUCCAAAAGCCCUGCUCCGAGUUUGUCCCAUCAGCAAAAUUGUGCAGUGUGAGAUCUGAAUACUUUAUGACUGGGUGUGCCUGAAUGCAUCAUUCUUUGGAUGUGAGCAUCUUCUCUUGAAGCAGCCUUGUGGUAUCCUAGCUGCCUGUUCUCUCGGGAGGUCCCUUGGAAGAUCCUGUCUGUACAUCUGUCUGGGUGCCUGACAGGGACUGACUGCCUUGCUUCCAGGUUUGAACCAUGUCCCACCCGUCCUGGCUGCCACCCAAAAGUACCAACGAGCCAGUUGGUCAUGUUACUGCAAGGAUGGAGACCACACACACCUUUGGGACUCCCAGCAUCUCGGUGUCCACCCAGCAGACACCAAAGAAGUUUGCACCGGUUGUUGCCCCCAAGCCAAAGUACAACCCAUACAAGCAACCAGGAGGUGAUGGGGACUUCCUUCCUCCACCUCCACCUCCUGUGGACCUCGGGAACAUCACAUCAUCACAAGGUGCCUUCCCCCCUCCACCCCCCCUGGAUGACGUUACUUUCAAUGUGCAGGUGAAUCCUGGUGGCAAGACGCUUGAGGAGAGAAGGUCCAGUUUAGAUGCAGAAAUUGACUCUCUGACCAGCAUCCUGGCCGACCUAGAGAGCAGCUCUCCUUACAAACCUCGGACUCAACAGGGCUCUGGGACCUCGAGCAGCUCCGCUGCUACCACCCCGUCCGUGUCCACCCCUGUCACUGGCCACAAGCGGAUGAUCAUCCCCAACCAGCCUCCCCUCACCGCUACCAAGAAGUCCACCGCCAAGGGUCCGGGGCAAGCGGCGCCCAUCCCAGUCACUCCUGUUGGCACCCUGAAGCCGCAGCCGGUGCCGGCCUCCUAUGCCACAGCCUCCACCCCCAGCCGCCCGGCUUUCAACAUCCAGGUGCGGACGGCGCAGCCCAGCCCGCACUACCAGCUGCCCGGCCCGCAGCCCACACACUACAGCAGCCUCGGGCCCAGCCAGCCCUACGCGGCCCCGCCAGCCCGCCCGCCCGGCGCCCCGCACUACGGCCCCCCGCAGCCCCAUGGGCCCGACUACAGCUACACCCCGCCGCCCCCCCGGCCCUCGGAGCCCACCUACGGCUACGCACCCCCGCAGGGCCGCUACCAGGACCCCUACUACGGGGGGUACGGGGGGAGGAACGGCUCCGAAGCACCCUACGUGCCGCAGAGCUCCUGGAAGACCGAGCCAGCGUAUCCUGCUAGUAACACUGUAGGGCAGGGUCAUCCUGGGCUGUACCAGCCACCAGGCACAAAGAAGACCUACAUCACUGACCCGGUGCUGGCUCCACAGCCACCUGUGCUGCAGCAAAAGAGUGGGUAUCCAAGCUCUGGAACUACUUCAAGUACUCCUGCCUUCAGGCCUGAGGAUGAGCUGGAACAUCUGACCAAGAAAAUGCUGUAUGACAUGGAGAAUCCUCCCUCAGAUGACUACUUUGGCCGCUGUGCCCGCUGUGGGGAGAAUGUUGUUGGGGAAGGCACCGGGUGCACAGCCAUGGACCAGGUCUUCCACGUGGAGUGCUUCACCUGCAUGAAGUGCAACAACAAGCUGAGGGGACAGCCUUUCUACGCUGUGGAGAAGAAAGCCUACUGUGAAUCCUGCUAUAUUAACACGCUGGAGCAAUGCAGCGUCUGCGCAAAGCCCAUCAUGGAAAGGAUCCUCCGAGCCACUGGGAAAGCCUAUCAUCCCCACUGCUUCACCUGUGUGAUGUGCCACCGCAGCCUGGAUGGGAUCCCCUUCACCGUGGAUGCUGGUGGGAACAUCCACUGCAUCGAAGAUUUCCAUAAGAAAUUUGCACCAAGAUGUUCGGUGUGUAAGGAGCCCAUCAUGCCAGCCCCAGGACAGGAGGAGACCGUACGCAUUGUCGCCUUGGAUCGUGACUUCCAUGUCCAGUGCUACCGGUGUGAGGACUGUGGUGGCCUCCUGUCUGAAGGGGACAAUCAGGGUUGUUACCCUCUGGAUGGGCACAUCCUUUGCAAGACCUGCAACUCUGCUCGGAUCCAGGCUCUGACUGCCAAGGCCAGCACUGAUCUCUGAGUAUCAACUGUGACUCUCCCCAGGAUGCCUUUUUGGGGAUAUUGCACAAGC